CAAAGAAUCCACCCACGAGGGGGUGCGGCUUGUUUCGAGCCGCGCCUUUUUCGCCCACGUGGGUCGGAUUGGUGGUGCAGCAAGCAAUGGAAGUAGCCGCGGCCGCCGGAGGGACUGCUGCGCGCGGAUCGGGCCUCGCGUUUGAGCUGAGCAUCCCUUUUCCUUCUUCGUCACUGGCCCGGAUUGCGCUGGGCUCCCUGGCCCCUGACCCUGAGCCCCGCAAAGGAGGGAUCAGCAAGGAACUGAGUGUGACAGAGGACAUCUUGCAUGUGCAGUGGAGAGCAGAUGAGGCCCGGAUCCUGCGUGUGUCCAUCAGCUCCUUUCUGGAGCAUCUCUCCUUGGUAGUGGAAACUAUGGACCUGUUUGGGCCCCCUGUGUCUUGAUAGACUGUUGUGUCUGGGCAACAGGAAGCAAUGAUCUUUCCAAUAGGCUUUAUUGGACUCUGGACUUGCUGACUGGUUACUGAUGUCGGAGAAGACACUAAACAGUCCAUCUUUGGAGCCAAUAUUUUUUUUUACAUUGUUUUGUAGGAGGGGAGUGUUCUUUGCUCUCUGAUGCUCAGGGACAUUGAUGGAUCUUGGGUGCUGAGAAGCAGGCAAGGCUGGAACUGCCUUGAUAUAAGACAAAGUACACAAAAUCUGGUGCUCCAAUAAAUUAUCCAGUGCACUUUGUGGUCUGCAUGUGUUAACUGAUUAAAUAUGUUUGAGCUGGUUAACAA